AUGAAGUCUGGUGGUCUCCUCCUCCUCUUGGGACUCCUUGCCCUCUGGGCUCAGCUGUCUCCUGCCUCCGGUGACCGUCCAGAGUUCUGCUACCUCCCUGCGGAAAUUGGGCCAUGCAGAGCGCACAUACCUCGCUUCUUCUACAACAAGUCAUCCGGCCAGUGUGAGCUGUUCUUUUAUGGGGGCUGCCAGGGAAAUGCAAACAAUUUCAAGACGUUAAAGAAAUGUCAUUACACUUGUGUUGAAAAGCCUGGAAGUUGCCCCAACUUGCUGCCUCCGGGUUUCAGCACAAGCUGCCUGGCAAGGUGUGCAAAUGACUGGAAGUGCCCCGGAGCCCAGAAGUGCUGCAGUUACGCCUGUUCAACUGGCUGUGCGGAUCCGCGCUAA